UAACGUCCUGCUCAUAUCAUGCUUUUAACACCUUUAAGGUGGGUUUCGUGCUAUAGUUUCGAAAUGGCGUCGCGGAACUCGAGGUGAGAAGCCCCAUUUUCUCGGACCGUUCGCCUGCACGGAGGAGUGCGCACCCUUUUCUUACUUUUUUUUCUUUUUACCCAAAGGGCAACUCGCCAAGAUAUUGUUUUUUUUUCCUUGUGGUAAUACAAUAGUUUUUUUGAAUAUAUAUAUAUUUUAAAGCAGCCAUGACGACGGGACAGGAUGAAAGUUCAGUCCGCGUGGCGCUGAGGAUCCGUCCUCAGCUGCCCAGAGAGAAGAUUGAAGGAUGCCACAUCUGUACGUACGUGAUGCCUGGAGAGCCUCAGGUCAUCCUGGGGAAGGACAAGGCCUUCACCUACGACUUUGUGUUCGACAUGGACUCCCAGCAGGAUGCCAUCUACUCCACCUGCACGGAGAAGCUGAUCGAGGGCUGCUUCGAGGGUUACAACGCCACCGUGUUUGCAUACGGACAGACAGGAUCAGGGAAGACGUACACAAUGGGGACCGGCUUCGACGUCAACAUAGCAGAGGAGGAGCUGGGUAUCAUUCCCCGUGCCGUCCAUCACCUCUUUAAGGGCAUCGAGGAGCGCCGGCAGGCGGCCCAGGAGCAGGGCCGUCCAGUACCCGAGUUCAAGAUCAACGCCCAGUUCCUUGAGCUUUACAAUGAGGAGGUCUUAGACCUGUUUGACUCCACGCGAGACAUGAAGCAGAAAUCUCACAUCAAGAUCCACGAAGACGCCAAUGGGGGAAUCUAUACCGUUGGAGUGACCACACGGACUGUGUCCUCAGAGGCUGAGAUGAUUCAGUGCCUGAAGCUGGGGGCUCUGUCUCGUACCACAGCCAGCACUCAGAUGAAUGUGCAGAGCUCCCGAUCCCACGCCAUCUUCACCAUCCACCUGUGCCAAGUCCGCGUCUGUGCCUCUGACAAUCAAGAAAGUGAGAAUGACAACAAGGUGUCUAAUGGAAACAACGAGAUGGAUGAAUACGAGACUCUGACGGCCAAGUUUCACUUUGUGGACCUGGCUGGUUCCGAGAGACUGAAGAGAACUGGAGCGACGGGUGACCGAGCCAAAGAGGGCAUCUCCAUCAACUGUGGACUGCUCGCACUGGGGAAUGUAAUCAGUGCUUUAGGUGACCGUAGCAAGCGGGCCUCUCAUGUGCCUUACAGAGACUCCAAACUGACCCGACUGCUGCAGGACUCAUUAGGAGGAAACAGCCAAACAGUUAUGAUUGCGUGUAUCAGUCCGUCUGACUGUGACUUCAUGGAAACCCUGAACACAUUAAAGUAUGCCAAUCGAGCCCGCAACAUCAAGAACAAGGUGAUGGUGAACCAGGACAAGGCAAGCCAGCAGAUCAGUGCUCUGAGGACCGAGAUAGCGCGACUGCAGAUGGAGCUGAUGGAGUACAAGACGGGCAAACGUAUGGUGGGUGAGGACGGCGUGGAGAGCUUCAGCGACAUGUUCCACGAGAACUCCAUGCUGCAGACGGAGAACAGUAACCUGAGGGUGAGGGUCAAAGCCAUGCAGGAGACCAUCGAUGCCCAGAGGGCUCGCCUCACCCAGCUGCUCAGUGACCAGGCCAACCAGGCUCUGGCCAGGGCAGGUGAAGGAGGCACAGAGGAAAUUGGAAACAUGAUCCAGAGUUACAUCAAAGAAAUUGAAGAACUUCGGGCUAAGCUGCUGGAGAGUGAAGCUGUGAAUGAGAACCUGAGAAAGAAUCUGUCCCGCGCCUCCACCCGUCAGUCAUUCUAUGGAGGGCCGGGCUCCUUCUCCAACACUCUGAUGGCCCCAGAGAAAGAGACCGCUGACAUCAUUGAACUUGCUAAGAAAGACCUGGAGAAACUGAAGAAGCGAGAAAAAAAGAAAAAGAAAAGACUCCAGCAGCUGUUGGAGGAGAGAGAGAGGGAGGAAAGGGAGGAGGUGGUGGAAGAGGUGGAUGCCAGUACAAACAAGGAAGAAGUUCCUGACAAUGAACAAGAGAAGGCCACCGAGAAGGAAAUGAACGAACGGCUCAAUGAAGAGACUGAUAUGGAGGUGCAAGACACCAGUGAUCACGAAGAUGGAGAGGAGGAGGAGGAAGAAGAGGAAGAAGAGAUUGAUGUGGAGGAGAGCUCUGAUGAUUCUGACUCGGAGUCGGAUGAAAAAGAGAACUACCAGGCAGAUCUGGCCAACAUCACAUGUGAGAUUGCCAUCAAGCAGAAACUGAUCGACGAGCUGGAGAACAGCCAGCGGCGUCUGCACACGCUCAAACAGCAGUACGAGCAGAAACUGAUGAUGCUGCAGUGCAAGAUCAGGGACACCCAGCUGGAGAGGGACCGUGUCCUUCACAACAUGACUUCUGUGGAAAGUGGCACCGAGGACAAGGCUCGUAAAAUCAAAGCUGAAUAUGAGAAGAAGCUGAGCGUCAUGAACAAGGAGCUUCAGAAGCUCCAGUCCGCUCAGAAGGAACACGCCCGCCUGCUAAAGAACCAAUCACAGUAUGAGAAGCAGCUGAAGAAGCUUCAGAUGGACGUAACGGAAAUGAAGAAGACAAAGGUCCGUCUCAUGAAGCAAAUGAAGGAGCAGCAGGAGAAAAAUCGACUGAAUGAGUCACGCAGGAACAGAGAAAUUGCCUCCUUGAAGAAAGACCAGCGAAAGCAAGAGCAUCAACUGAAGUUACUGGAGGCUCAGAAAAGGCAGCAGGAGCUGAUUCUCAGGAGAAAGACUGAGGAGGUGACUGCUCUGAGACGGCAGGUCAGGCCCACCUCAGGUAAAGUAGUGAGGAAGGUCAACCUUCCAGAGGCAGCUCAGGACUCCUCUCACCGCCCGCCCUCUGGACGCAUGUAUUCAUCCAGCAACACCAGUUCCAACGGCACAUGGUCCUCCUACAGGCGCACAGCUGGUGUUUAUUCCACCAGAAUGGCUCGUAAUAAAUGGCAGACCCUGGAGCGCCGGAUCACAGACGUCAUAAUGCAGAGGAUGACCAUCUCCAAUAUGGAGGCCGACAUGAACCGUCUCCUCAAGCAACGAGAGGAGCUGACGAAGCGUAAGGAGAAGGUCAUCCGGAAGCGGGACAGGCUGUUGAAAGAGGGACUGGAGGCCGAGAAGACCGUGCUUCCCCUCAACGAGGAAGUGGAUGCGCUGACCGCCAACAUCGACUACAUUAAUGACAGCAUUGCAGACUGUCAAGCCAACAUCAUGCAGAUGGAGGAAACCAAGGAGGAGGGCGACACAGUGGAUGUCUCUGCUGUGAUUGGGUGUUGCACUCUGGCUGAAGCUCGUUUCCUGCUGGAUCAUUUCAUGUCCAUGGCCAUUAACAAGGGUCUGCAGGCAGCUCAGCGGGAGUCUCAGGUGAAGGUGAUGGAGGGCCGGUUGAAGCAGACUGAAAUCACCAGUGCCACACAGAACCAGCUGUUGUUUCACAUGCUGAAGGAGAAGGCAGAGUUCAACCCGGAGCUGGAUGCUUUGCUGGGAAACGCUCUUCAAGAGCUAGGUAACUUCCCAGUUGAAAAUGGGGACGAUAGCAGCAGUGACGAGUCAGCCCAAAGUCCCUCAGCAGAAGGAACGACAUUGGCAUCAGACAUUAUGAAAUUUUGUGGGGAGACCAAAACAAGAAGCAAGGCCCGCAGGAGGACCACGACUCAGAUGGAGCUCCUUUAUGCAAACAGCGACUCUGCCCCCGAUGCACCCACUGACUUCUCCAGUCCUAUGCUGUCUUUGGCUGAAACCCCAGAUGGAUGUGGUGUUGACAUGGACUUGUCGGGCCCAUCAGUCAGAGACUACACAGCUCUUUCCCCUGGCUUUUCCUCUAAAAUGGGCAGCAUUUCUGGCUCCAGAACUGUGUCAGGUUUGGAGAAGCGAACCCCAGAGCCGUCCCCACUCUCUCGCAGGAAGACCUAUGACAAGGCGCAAGCAGCGGCUAACAGGGCAAAGGUCAAGGAGAUUAAACAGGGUGUUAUCAACCCGGUGCCGUCCACUAAGAGCAGCCGCUCAGCGACACUGCAGUGCGUUCACGUGGCGGAGGGACACAGCAAGGCCGUUUUGUGUGUCGACUGCACCGACGACCUUUUGUUCACUGGAUCCAAAGACCGGACCUGUAAGGUGUGGAAUCUGGUGACGGGGCAGGAGAUAAUGUCCCUGGGAGGCCAUCCUAACAAUGUGGUGUCGGUCCGCUACAGCUCCAGUUUAGUCUUCACCGUCUCCACCUCAUACAUCAAAGUCUGGGACAUCAGGGACUCGGCAAAGUGCAUCAGAACUCUAACGUCAUCUGGUCAGGUCACCCUCGGGGAUAUCUGUGCAUCUAACACUAGUCGGACGGUCACCAUCCCUUCAGGAGAAAACCAGAUCAACCAAAUUGCUCUCAAUCCCAAUGGGAUGGUCCUGUAUGCUGCUGCCGGAAACUCUGUGCGGGUGUGGGAUCUGAGGAGAUUUGCUUCUACUGGAAAACUCCUGGGUCACCUUGGUCCUGUAAUGUGUCUGACUGUGGAUCGGUCUGGAAACAACCAAGACUUGGUGAUCACUGGGUCGAAGGAUCAUUACAUUAAGCUGUUUGAUGUAAGUGAAGGCUCCCUGGGGAGCAUCAGCCCCACACACAACUUUGAGCCUCCCCACUAUGAUGGCAUCGAGUCACUGGUGAUCCAGGGGGACAUCUUCUUCAGUGGCUCUCGGGACAACGGGAUCAAAAAGUGGGAUCUGGAUCGCAAAGACCUGCUGCAGCAAGUCCCAAAUGCUCACCGUGACUGGGUUUGCGCUCUGGGCAUUGUCCCAAGCACCCCGGCGCUGCUGAGUGGCUGCAGAGCGGGGGUGCUCAAGCUUUGGCACACAGACUCACUGGGGCCUCUGGGGGAGCUCAAGGGUCAUGAGAGCCCCAUUAACAGCAUCGCUGCCAACAGCAGCCACCUGUUCACCGCCUCAGACGACCGCACAGUGAAGAUCUGGCGUGCACGCGGGGGACUGGACAGCACCUUAGAGGGCGUUGACAAUGCAGAUGAGGUGGCCAGCAACUGAGCACAGCGCCACCCGCUGGUUUUGACUCUGGAAUGAUGGAAGAGCAUUCUGUGAUGCUGCUGCUCUGCACUUUGACCUCCAACUUCUCAACCUAUUGCUGACUCUGAAUACGCUCGCCGUCUUGGCCAGAUGAUCUUCAACUGGGCCCAAACAUGCUCAGUAAUCUCAUCUCGCCAGAACCUAUUGCAGUACCUUUUCUGUCUUAUGGUAUUUUUGUCACAUCAUGGUUCGGUACAGCUCUGUUCAGGUUUUCAGCUUGUAUGAACUAAAACACCAUGGAUGGCUUCUCAUCCCAUCGGAACUUUGUCCGUGGAAACACUGAGCUCAUUCCCAUAUCUCUCUUCACCGAUAAGUCAUGUUGGGGAAAAGUGUCGCCUAAAUCCAACACUCUCACAAGGUAUUUCUGGGUCAGAGACACUGCGGUGAUGAGCAGCUGAUCCCGCCUGCAUCAAGAGGAUUCUGUCACAGAGAAAAGUGAAGCAUGAAGAGCCAUGUUGGACUGUGCCAUACCAUGCAUGGAAAAGUGCCAUAGAAUUGUCAGUGUGUGUUCAGUGUACUCUCAGUGACCGUUUCAAAGAAAAAUGCCUUUUUCUGCUUUGGUGUGGAAGAGUAAUCAGAAGAAAUUGUACUCAGAAAACACACAAUAGACGGUUUAUAGGUGAACUGUGUAGCUAGGCAUAUAAUCAAAGCUAUGCAAGGAUUCAACACAGAUAAACUUUUGUGUUCUCAGAUUUGGGAAGAACUGGCAUGAAGAGCGUUGUAGGAGGAAAAUGUGGCAGAGGUAGACUUGAUAGCUGGUCUUUAGCGCUCACUUUUUUAGUUAAUUUAGUGUUUCUGAGCCCUCAAAACCAACAUCUCCAAAUGGCCAUUUGUGCGGGGAACAAAAAGGGAAAAUGAUGAGAGACUGUACGUUUCAUCUUAGCUCUGCUGUUUUGUACCAGCUUCAGUGCAGCAAGCACAUCUGUGCAACCUGUACCCGGGUGAGACGGUGUGAAGAUGUUACAACUCGUAUGAAAGAAAUCUGAAGCUUCAUCUACAUUGAAAGUUUUUAUGUUGAAGCAACUUAUUAUAGCUCUCUACAAUUUGAGGAUUUGUAGGAGUUUUUUAUUUAUUUAUUUUUUAACUUUAGAAAUCCCAUUUUUUACAGUAUGGUUUCCCCAACAGCGCUCUCCUGCUGUGAUUGGUCAUUUAUUGUUUACCUUGGCAGCUGGUGAUGUCCUACUGCGAGUGGGGGAAUGCUUGCUUCAGGACAAGGUUUUACCAGUUUAAAAGGAAGGUAAAAUUCUUCAAGUUGCCAUAUUAAACUGGCUUUAAAAUCAUGGAUAAGGAUUUGUGAUUAUAUCCUAGACAAUGUAGAUGCUUACCUUAGCUUUGAAGAGGCUGACAACCUUUUCCAAAUCCAGCCUGUCCUGUGACAGACGGCUUAAAGAUGAGAAACAUGAAACAGUGAAACUUAGCUGCGAUACAUUCAGCCUGUCUGUUAUCUGCUGAAAUUCUCACCGUCUGAAUGAAAAGUAGAUGUGUCAUGCUGUAGUGUAUUAUGGUUCAUUUAAAAAAAAAAAAAAAAGCUUUCUUUGUCUCUUUACUUAACCCUGGUUUAAACGCGUCGGCCAUACUAAAAACAAGUGGUCUUUAACUUACGUCAUCCACACAGAGUAGUGGUGCUGUUGCUACGCUCUGGUAGUGAUUACAUAUGGAGAACCUUAGUUUCUGAUUGGCCGCUCACCCGGCAGAGACUUAAAUAAGCUGCUCCAGUCUGACUGCAGAGCGUUCAGAGGUGUAGGCAGCCAUUAGUCAGGCUGAAGCUGUGGGAGUCCUUCGCUUUGCUUAGUUUCAGGCUCUUUAAGCAAUGAGUGUGGCGGUAUCCUUUAACACUUGAGCACCUGUAAAAAGUAACACAGUUAAGCUUUGACACUAACAUAAUCCUUACAUGUCAGACCUGGAGGAUCUUCACACCACCUGGUCUUGUGUUUGUUGUGACAAUCUUUCUCCACUCCUUGACCCCAGACCACCACGUUUUUGUCUCCUUGCUGCUCACGUUCUUUAACCAAAUGACAGGUCCUCUGGUUGCCCACUGCGGGUGAGCCCCACCUGAUAUCAUAGCUCCACUUUGCGUGUAUAUGUGAUUGUAAUUUUGGUUAAGAGAGGCCUUCAGUUGUCACCUAACUGCGUCAACAAAUGUCUGUCUCCCGGUUCUGACCCGUGUGGUUCCCCUCUGAGGACUUCUGCGCUGUCUGUAAUCGACCUGUCUUUCUCGACUGUGCGCUGUUACUUCUGAAUGUUUGGUGAAAGCAGCUAUAAGCGUUGCUGCAUUUCAGAUCUGUUUGUUGAAGCUGCAUAUAUAUAUAUAUGAAAAUGUGACUGAAUGUUGGCGUUGUGGGACCACUGAUCCAUAUCCUGUCUCACCGCAGAACCAAGAGGACCAGAAUUAGCAGGAGGAGCGACAGGCAGCGUUAGCAGGAUUCUUCUUCACUAAGGCAGUAGAUUGAUGUUCUCCACCUACAGUUGUUUUGUUUUUACUUUAUUCUUUUUGGUUGUACCCGUCUGGAGGUUUAGUAGCCUCUCCCUAAUGGCAAACCAUAGCGAUUCUAAUGUCAGAUGCCUGAUGAGAAUAAAUGCCAUCUGUCAAAAACAGCCAAGCAUG